AUGCAACCCUCCCAUCCUCAUCAUGCGCGUCCCAUAACGCGUCGACUGGUCAAUCACCCACAGCUGGAAAUCAUCAAAACUCAGCUUGGCCCCAGCGCCGAUAUCAAUCAUGUCGAGUACAGGGUAUACAACUUCCAGCGACUGAAUAACGGCAGAGUACUUAGAGGAGAUGGAUGGGGUUUGAGAGAUCUUGUCAUCAUAUCCAUCUGGGUAUGGUUCGGGUGGAAACGAUCCUUAUGGCUAGACGCCAAUACAUUAUUGGUGAACAGACACUUGUAUCGGAACCCACAGACACUUAUGAUCCUCGGGUGGAUCAUCUCCCUUCUGAUGUACAUAUAUACCAAGUGCAUUACCAUCAUAUAUGAAUCGAUCAUUCCCUUACCUAAUUUAGGUACACAACUUUCGACUAUACGGGGUCUAUCAUUCCCUUGGCCAUUCAUACCUUCCAAACGGAUAUACAUACCUGUACGAUCGUCUAAUACCUUCGUACCUCUUUCUGACAUAUCGACCAUCAUCCUAAAUCAAGCUCUGUUCAGAUUCUCCGUAAGGUAUUAUCUGGGAAUAGUGAAGAAGGACGGACAAGGAGUAGUGGUAGCUUUUAACAAUAUACGUCCUGGGUUUGAAGUACUGAGAGAGGUCUAUCAUGGUGCACGAGAAAUCAUGUUUGAAGAGUAUGCGACGACCUAA